UAACCAACAGAGAACUUAUUAGGCGAAAUGCCAGCCCCUGAGCAGACCCCGAUGGUGGAAGAGGGGCUGCCGCAGACAGCGCAGGAAACUUCCACCAGCCCAGGAAUGGAACCGGAGGCCACUGCCACUACCAUUCUAGCUUCUGUAAAGGAACAGGAACUCCAAUUUCAAAGACUUACCAGAGAACUGGAGGUGGAAAGGCAAAUUGUGGCUAAUCAGCUAGAAAGAUGUAGGCUUGGAGCAGAAUCACCAAGUAUCGCCAGCACAAGCUCUACUGAGAAGUCAUUUCCUUGGAGAUCACCAGAUCCAGCAGCCACCAGUGCAAACAAACCCCUAGUGUCAGAGGGAGUUCAUACCAAUGCCUAUCACAUUAGGACAGAACCAAUACAAGGGAACCUCUACUCACCGGAGCAGACAUCUCUCCAUGAAAGUGAGGGGUCUGUUGGUAACUCAAGAAGUUCAACACAAAUGAAUUCUUAUUCUGACAGUGGUUACCAGGAAGUAAGCAGCUUUCAUAACAGCCAAAACUUGAACAAACCAGAAAACAGACAGCAGCAUUCCCUUAUUGGAACUGCUACGAACCACUUGGUGAGAAGCUCACGAGCUGAAGGGCAGACUCUAGUCCAGCCUUCGGCAAACGUCGCUACCAGCCGAGCCAUGAGGCGCGUCAGCUCAGUGCCGUCCAGAGCACAGUCUCCCUCCUAUGUGGUCAGCACAGGUGUUUCCCCUUCCAGGGGGUCUCUGCGAACAUCUCUGGGUAGCGGGUAUGGUUCUCCAUCGGUUGCUGAGCAAAGAUCCCUUGCUUCUCACGCAUAUUCAUCCACUACUCUGCCAGUACAGCGGGCAGCGUCCCCGUACGCUGCACAGAGACCCGCUUCCCCCGUGACCGUGCGGCGAAUUGGCUCGAUCACAUCCAGACAGACAGCAAAUCCCAACGGCGGGACUUCCCAGUACCAAGCCUCAGCCAGAGUGGGCUCUCCUCUUGCCCUCGCUGAUGUACAAACCAGAGUCGCUUCUCCACCCCAAACCCAGCUGGGAUCCUCUUCCCCGAAGCGUUCUGGUAUGACUGCAGUUCCGCAGCAUUUGGGAACGACGCUGCAGAGAACAGUUCAUGAUAUGGAACAGUAUGGACAGCAGUAUGAUAUAUAUGAGAGAAUGGUUCCUCCGCGUCCAGAUAGCCUUACAGGCCUGAGGAGUUCCUAUGCUAGUCAACACAGUCAACUAGGACAGGAACUGCGAUCAGCUGUAUCUCCUGACUUGCACAUCACCCCUAUCUAUGAAGGCAGAACUUACUACAGUCCCAUGUACCGUAGUCCCAAUCACGGAACAAUUGAGCUCCACCAGGGAUCCCAGUCAGCACUGUAUCGAACAGGGUCAGGAGUCGGAAAUCUGCAAAGAUCAUCCAGUCAGCGUAGCACACUCACAUACCAAAGAAAUAAUUAUGCUCUGAACACAACUGCUACCUAUGCGGAACCCUACAGGUCCAUGCAGUAUCGACUGUCAGAGUCUGGCUACAACAGGCUGCAGCAUGCAGCGCCCGCCGAUGAUGGGACCACGCGAUCUCCAUCCAUAGACAGCAUUCAGAAAGACCCCAGGGAGUUUGCUUGGAGAGAUCCAGAACUGCCUGAAGUCAUUCACAUGCUCCAGCACCAGUUCCCAUCGGUUCAGGCGAACGCGGCCGCCUACCUUCAGCACUUGUGCUUCGGAGACAACAAAGUGAAGACAGAGGUGUGCCGGCUGGGAGGGAUCAAGUACCUGGUGGAUCUCCUGGAUCACAGGGUCCUGGAAGUGCAGAAGAAUGCGUGCGGUGCGCUGAGAAACCUCGUUUAUGGGAAGUCUACUGAUGAAAACAAAAUAGCAAUGAAGAACGUUGGUGGGAUCCCUGCACUUCUACGAUUGUUGAGAAAAUCUGUUGAUGCAGAAAUAAAAGAGCUCGUAACAGGGGUUCUCUGGAACUUGUCUUCGUGUGAUGCAGUGAAGAUGACAAUCAUUAGAGACGCUUUGUCAACACUGACAAGCACUGUGAUAGUGCCGCAUUCCGGGUGGAACAGUGCCUCCUUUGACGAUGACCAUAAAAUUAAAUUUCAGACUUCCCUGGUUCUGCGCAACACUACGGGAUGCCUGAGGAAUCUAAGUUCCGCGGGGGAAGAAGCCCGGAAGCAGAUGAGGUCCUGCGAAGGCUUGGUUGAUUCACUGCUCUACGUGAUCCACACGUGUGUGAACACAUCAGAUUAUGACAGCAAGACAGUGGAGAACUGUGUGUGUACGCUGAGAAACCUUUCUUACCGCCUGGAGCUGGAGGUGCCUCAGGCGCGUCUGCUGGGCAUCAACGAACUGGAUGACUUGUUGGGAAAGGAGUCACCUAGCAAAGACUCCGAGCCAAGCUGCUGGGGGAAGAAAAAGAAGAAGAAAAAAAAAACGUCACAGGAGGACCAGUGGGACGGAGUUGGCCCUAUACCAGGAUUUUCCAAGUCUCCUAAAGGGGUGGAAAUGCUCUGGCACCCAUCGGUGGUAAAGCCGUACCUAACGCUUCUAGCAGAAAGCUCCAAUCCAGCCACGCUCGAGGGCUCUGCAGGAUCUCUCCAGAAUCUUUCUGCAGGCAACUGGAAGUUUGCAGCGUACAUUCGAGCUGCCGUAAGGAAAGAAAAAGGACUGCCAAUCCUUGUGGAACUGCUGAGGAUGGAUAACGACAGAGUCGUUUCAUCUGUGGCAACCGCCUUAAGGAACAUGGCGCUAGAUGUCCGGAACAAGGAGCUUAUUGGUAAAUAUGCUAUGCGAGAUCUGGUGAAUCGACUGCCAGGAGGCAAUGGCCCAAGCAUAUUGUCUGACGAGACCGUAGCAGCAAUCUGCUGCGCGUUGCAUGAGGUCACUAGCAAAAACAUGGAAAAUGCCAAAGCCCUCGCUGAUACUGGGGGAAUAGAAAAGCUGGUGAACAUAACAAAAGGAAGAGGUGACAGGUCUUCACUGAAAGUUGUCAAGGCAGCUGCUCAGGUACUGAAUACACUAUGGCAGUAUCGAGACCUCCGCAGCAUUUAUAAGAAGGAUGGAUGGAAUCAGAGUCACUUCAUUACACCAGUGUCGACGCUGGAACGAGAGAGAUUCAAAUCCCAUCCUUCGUUAUCAACAGCAAAUCAGCAGAUGUCCCCUGUUAUACAGUCAGUUGGCAGCACAUCUUCAUCACCGGCUUUAUUAGGAAUUAGAGAACCCCGCUCUGAAUAUGAUAGAACGCAACCUUCUAUGCAGUAUUAUAACAACCAUGGCGAUAUCAUUACACAUAAAGACAUCUAUACCGGUUCCAGCAAAACUUCACCAAUUUACAUCAGUUCCUAUUCCUCACCAGCGAGAGAACAGAACAGACGGCUACAGCAUCAGCAGCUGUACUACAGUCAAGAAGAUGCCAACAGAAAGAACUACGAGGCGUACAGGUUAUACCUGCAGUCCCCACACAGCUACGAAGACCCGUACUUCGACGAUCGAGUUCACUUUCCUGCUGCUUCAGACUACACAACACAAUAUGGACUGAAAUCAACCACAAAUUAUGUAGACUUUUAUUCCACCAGACGAUCUUCUUAUAGAGCAGAACAGUACCCGGGUUCACCUGACUCCUGGGUGUAGCAUCAAAGGAAAAAAAAAAAAAAACAAAAAAACAGUAUAUUUCUCAUCGUGCUUGAGAAGAAAUGGAAUGGCCUCAUUUGAUGUCUUGGUUCUGAAAUCUGAAGGUGAAAUAAGAGGAAACAAGGAAGGCUUUUGGUUUGGGUUUUGGAGGGCAUUUGGCUUUGGUUUGGGUUUUUUUUUGUUUUAGUUUUUGCUGGGGGGGGGUUUUGAGUGAGGAAUCGUCAGAGAGAAAAACUGGAAGGGAUGUUUCUUUGCUCUGUUUAGAUGUUAGGUAUUAUUACUUGUAGCUUCUGUAGUCUGGUGAGGGUGCGGGCGAUGUGACGAAAGGUUUGAGAAUUGAGUAAAAUGAAUUUGGAAAGUGUGUAGGUCAGAGCAAAUUAAACCUGUUUUUUAUGUGAAUAAAAGUCUUGUUCUGAUAGUUUGUACAGAAAAAAAUAAAAUGGAUGCCCUUGUUUUAUUGAUAUUACUAAAUGUCAAGAUUGUAUGCUAUUAUGUCGUGUAAAUUUCUUUCAUUGGUGUAAAUAUGGAAAUGCCACAUUGGUUUAAAGUGCCAUCCAUUUGUAAUGCAGUGUGUCAUUUUGAAAGAGAUUUGAAACAUCGUACACAAAAAAAAUCCAAGAAAAUGUUAUAAAUUAAAAAAAAAAUUACAAUUAAUAGCAUAAUUUUGAAGCACAAAGUCCAGUUCAGCAUACCUACACCUCUCCCAUUCCCAUUCUAUGAAUAUUUCAUACAAAAACAAACAAAAAACUUCACUGCCAUUUUCUAUGCACAUGGAAGAACAAUAAAUAUGGAAGUCUCAUCCA